AUGAGGAUAACAAUUGAUAUGAUAAAUGAAGCAGAACAAUCCAGAAAUCCAGUUCUUGAAAAUACUAUAUCUUUAAGAGGUAAUAAAAUUAGUGUUAUUGAAAACUUAAGUAUAACAAAAGAUUAUUUUGAAUGUAUAGACUUAAGUGAUAAUGAAAUAAUCAAAUUAAAUAAUAUUCCAUAUUUAAAAAAAUUAAAAACAUUAAUAUUAUGCAACAAUAAAAUAGCCAGAAUUGAUGGAGACAUAUUCGACAAUUUACCAAAUUUAAAUUCAUUAGUUCUUACCAAUAAUAAGCUAGAAAAAUUAAGUGAUCUUAAAUCAUUAUUUAAAGCCAAGAAUUUAAUAAGGUUGAGCCUACUGGAAAAUUCAGUGUGCAAGUUAGAACAUUAUAGAGAAUAUUUAAUAUAUAAUAUACCCUCAUUAAGAUAUUUAGAUUUUGAAAAAAUAAAAACAAAGGACAGAGAAUUGGCAAAUGUUACAAUGGAAAAUUUUAAUGAAGAUGAUAAUGAGAAUGAAGAAUCCAGUUAA